GCGGCGGCGGCUGGAGGCUCCGGGCUGCGCGCGGAGGCCUGGACGGCGCGGCCAGGUGAUGUGGGCCCCGGUGCCCCUGCGGAAGAAAGGGACGCCCGCCCGUCCCCGCCGGUCAUUUUGACAUCAGCCCCGCGUAGGGACCUGGGGGCAGCAGCCCUGACUCCUCAGCUCGCUGGAGUCGCCCUUAAGGAUGCUGUGAUACCUGGGGGGGUGGUGGGUGCCGGGGCUCUCCCUGCGGGAGGGGCACUGCCUGCGCGCCUGAGCUGCGCAGAGAGAAGGGGAAAAACAAAAACAAACACAUAAAAGACAAAACAAAACAAAAGAAACAAAACAGAAAGCCCACAAUGAUGCUGUCCGAGCAAGCCCAAAAGUGGUUUCCAACCCACGUGCAGGUCACAGUGCUUGAAGCCAAAGACCUGAAGCCCAAAGGCAAAAGUGGCACCAAUGACACAUACACCAUAAUUCAGUUGGGCAAAGAGAAGUACUCUACGUCUGUAGCGGAGAAGACCCUGGAGCCGGUCUGGAAGGAGGAGGCCUCCUUUGAGCUGCCUGGGUUGCUCAUGCAGGGCAACCCGGAGAAAUACAUUCUUUUUCUUAUAGUGAUGCACAGGUCCCUGGUGGGACUGGAUAAGUUUUUAGGGCAAGUGGCAAUUAAUCUCAAUGACAUCUUUGAGGACAAACAAAGAAGGAAAACAGAGUGGUUUAGAUUAGAAUCCAAGCAAGGAAAAAGAAUAAAAAACAGGGGUGAGAUAAAGGUCAAUAUUCAAUUUAUGAGAAACAAUAUGACAGCAAGUAUGUUUGACUUGUCAAUGAAGGAUAAAACAAGAUCGCCUUUUGCAAAAUUAAAAGAUAAGAUGAAAGGGAGAAGAAAUGACGGGACAUUUUCUGACACAUCUUCUGCAAUCGUUCCAAGUACUCACGUGCCUGAUGCCAACACUGAGUUUUCAAGUGGUGAAAUGCAGAUGAAAUCCAAACCAAAAAAGCCUUUUCUUUUGGGUCCUCAGCGACUCUCUUCUGCCCACUCAAUGUCCGAUUUAACUGGAUCCCACUUAUCUUCUGAAAAACUGAAGUCCAGCACCAUAGGUCCAACACAUCUUCUAAGUCGCCAGAUAGAUUCCUUUGGAGUUGUUCCAGAAAUUGGAAGUCUCAAGUCUCCACACAGAAGAACACUAAGCUUUGAUACCUCUAAAUUGAGCCAGCCUGGCGGCACUGUGGAUGAAGGUGAACACUCUUUCGGAAGGCAGAGUGACCCAUUUACAAAUGUGACUGCUUCAUUACCCCAAAAAUUCGCAACACUGCCAAGAAAGAAGAACCCAUUUGAAGAAAGCAGUGAGUCAUGGGACAGCAGCACAAAUCUAUUUUCAAAACCAAUUGAAGUAAGGAAAGAAAAUAAGAGAGAGAAAAGAGAGAAAGUGAGCCUCUUUGAAAGAGUGACGGGGAAGAAAGACAGCAGAAGAUCUGACAGGCUCAACAGCGGGGCCCCUGACAGCCCGCGGGACUUGAAGUCACCUAGUGCUUUCAGUGAAAAUCGGCAGGACUAUUUUGAUUAUGAGUCAACCAAUCCGUUUACAGCAAAAUUCAGGGCUUCGACUAUAAUGUCAUCUUCAAGUUUUCAUAUGAAUCCAACAAGCAGUGAAGACCUCAGGAAAAUCCCGGACAGCAACCCUUUCGACGCCACGGCUGGGUACCGGAGUCUGACCUACGAAGAGGUGCUGCAGGAGCUGGGGAAGCACCAAGAGCUGCUUCGGAGGAAGGACACGCACAUCCGGGAACUUGAGGACUACAUUGACAACCUCCUUGUCAGGGUGAUGGAAGAGACGCCCAGCAUCCUGCGGGUGCCCUAUGAGCCAUCCAGGAAGGCUGGCAAGUUCACCAAUAGCUAAUGGAGCCAACAGGGCUGUAUUUAUAAUUGGGAAGAGAAGGGGGAAUAAGAAGGAAGUAAGGAAGGGGGGAGGAAGGGAGGGCGGGAGGGGCGUUACUGGAAGAGACCACACUUGGUUUUCACUUCCUACCCUCCACCAUUGGGAAAAAUAGCCUUGUACAUAUUCACAGGUGUUGUCAAGAGUAACCUUUAAGGUGAUAAAAACACUCUAAACUCUUAAACUGAAAACGAGCCAUGCCUUGAUGAGUGAGCAGUUCUGUGGCAUCACUUGGGUGCUGGUGCCGGACCUCUGUCUGCCAUAGGCCUGGAAAUACAUCCAACAGCCCACGAGUUGUUCCUCAGGAAUAGAUGCCAUAAAGCAGAAUCGAUACUAUUGUCGGAGUCUCAGAAGUCAGUCUGUAGACACACUCAGAGUCAGGAACACUGCUCAUUAUAACACUACUAAGAAAGAGUUCCUCACACAUGACCAUGUAUGUUUGUGUGUCUUUGUAUAUGAACUACAUGCAUAUACCUCAUAUACACGUGCGUUUUUAUGACACUUA